AUGGGAGCGUCCCGGCGCGGACACGUCACAUCCCAUUCCCGCCGCUGUUCACCUAUUCGAGCGAUGACGGACCCAUCCACAUUCUCCUAUUGUGUCUCAAUGCCCGUGCAGAGCACGCUUUCCACAUCUAUGCCGAUUUAUGGCAUCAACGCUUUUGAUCCGUUGACACUUUGCAUGUGCAAGAAAGAAGCUCACGAGAAAAAACACACAACUAAAACUCAACUGGUGCCUGGAGAAAUAAAUGAAAAUGAUCCAGUAUUGCAAAAUAUUCCUGUAGUCUUAAUACAAAGGCCUGGCUCUCAAGUUUCAAAUUACAAAAGAAUUGGUUAUGGAAGUGGCUGGGAUAUAAUUAUGCCUGCUGGAUAUGCUAUGUCUUUUUGGCAGACUUUUGUAAUGUUUGGGGCUCGUUGUGGGGGUCUCCGUGAAUCAAGAAAUUUAUCUUUUGAAAUGUCUGAAAUCAACUUACCACCAGAUUCUACAGCAGGAAAUUUAGAAGAAAAAAGAAUAGAACAGGAACUCAGAGAGAAAUAUUUUCGUCGACCACCAAGUAAAAGAGUCAAUUAUCAAAAAAUUGCGAUAAACAGCCCAUUUAUAUGCCCUUGGAAAAUUUUAUUAAGUGACUGGAGUGGUGAAAAUGUUGAUGAUUUUUUUGUUUUGCGAGAUAAAAAGUUAAUAAAUGAUUUGCAAAACUGCAUAACAGCUAAAAAGGCGCCACCACAUAUUGAUAAGGCUGUAUAUUGUUUAGUGGCUGUGUGUUUGCAAAUGAUAGGCAAAGGCAAUUUAAAACAACAUGCUCUGGUAUGCCUUCCACAACAAAAUGACAUUGAAAAUAUUAAAGAGUUAUUUGAACCUCUACAUGAAGAUAACAAGGAGAAAUUAAGGAAAGAGAAACGAAAACAACACAGGCUACUUUUAAAGCAAUUGAAAAAAAAGCGAAGAAAAUUUAAAGAAAAGAGUAAUAUGGUAAAAAUUGUAAAGCAUAAACUUAAGCAAACAGGGGUCUCUGAGUAUGUUAAAAAUAUCCGUUUCUUCACCAUC